CAGAGGCUGUCUCAAGUCCCAUUUGUCUAGUGUUUCAGGGCUACAAUAAAACUAGCAGAGUGGGUCCCACCCAGAAAGCAACAUUAGGAGCCGCUGCGAAAGACAAAAAUAAGGUGAAAGAGAACACUUUUUUUUUUUUUUGUUGAUUGGAAUCUACUCCCCUAGCAAGGUCCUGAGUGUGUGCUGGGUGCUCUUGUCUGUGCUCUGGAAUUGGCUGUAACACUGAAAGAAGAAACUUCAGAGGUUCAACAGAGGCAGAUUUCUUGUUACUGGUGUACAGUGGGUUCAGAGAAGAAACAGAAGUUUGGGAAGCUGUGAUUUUUUUUUCCUGAGCCAGUGGAGAUAACAGCUGCUCUUCAGCACUCUCCCCUCCAGGCAGGCCCAAGCCUCCAUAAACUGAAGAGACAUCUGAGACUCCUAUUUAUUGGCCUUUCCUUAUGGACAGAGACUAAACAGUGAUCUUCCUGAAGCUGGCAGGCCUGUGAGACUGGGUUUUUGUGCAAAGCUUGGCAUGAAACGACCUGCCAUUCUGCUUGUUGGCACAUACACAGAGCCAAAAGCAAGCGUUUGGGAAGAACAGGUAAAAUGAAGGCACCAUUGCUGUUUGUUACAUUGACUCUAUUACUUGGUUCAGCGUACUCAGCAAGCAAGAAGAAAAGGCAGAGUGAUUUUUGGGACAAUUGGAGUGACUGGGGAGAUUGUAGCCGAACCUGUGGUGGGGGUGUAAGCCUCAGAGAACGACAAUGUUACUCUCGUAGGGCAGAUGGGGGAUCAAACUGUAUUGGACCAACCAGAAACUAUCGUUCUUGCAAUGUGCAGGAUUGUCCUGAUGGCUCACGAGAUUUCCGUGCCGAGCAGUGUUCAGAAUAUGACGGUAUGGAAUUCCAGGGGAAAAGAUACAAGUGGCUGCCAUACUAUGGAGCAUCCAAUAAGUGUGAGUUAAAUUGUAUACCCAAAGGAGAGAAUUUUUACUAUAGGCACAAGAAUGCUGUUCUUGAUGGAACACCAUGUGAGCCAGGCAGAAGAGACAUCUGUGUAGAGGGGGUGUGUAAGACCGUUGGUUGUGACAAUGUCCUGGAUUCAUCUAAAAAAGAGGACCGUUGCUUAGUGUGUGGAGGAGAUGGUAGCACCUGCUAUGAGGUCAAAGGAUCUUAUGAUACACCUACAUUAUCAAAAGGAUACAGCCAACUGUUCACCAUUCCAACUGGAGCAGUCAAUAUUCAGGUGAAGGAAAUCACUCCUACAAGGAACUUUUUAGCUGUAAAGAAUGUACGUGGUGAGUAUUACCUGAAUGGACAUUGGACCAUUGAAUACAGCCGGACUCUGCACAUAGGCAGCACCACCCUUCAUUACUAUCGAGGAUCAGAGGGAGACCUUGCACCUGAGGUCCUAACAGCCAGGGGACCAACUACUGAACCCCUGGUUAUUGAGCUCAUUGGACAAGAAUCCAACCGUGGAAUACAAUAUCAAUACUACCUACCCAACCAGGAGGAAACAGAUGACUACCAGUGGAGUUAUGGCUCUUGGAGUGAAUGCAGUGCAGAGUGUGGUGGAGGUUACCAAUCCCGCUUAGUGUUCUGCACAAUAGACAAUGAGGCGUACCCAGAUUAUAUGUGUAGGGACAAACGAGCUCCACCAAGCAACCGAACCUGCAGCACUCAGUUAUGUCCACAAACAAAAAGGAUGUCUUACAUAUAUCAGCCAACAAUGUGGAGUCGAAUAGUGAACACAAAAAUGAACAGCUGGAAGAUUGGUGAGUGGGGACCAUGCACAGCCACUUGUGGUGGUGGCACUAUGACGCGGUCAGUGUACUGCAUUUCCUAUGAAGGCAGAGCCUCCCAACAAACGGUAAACGACGCAGAGUGCACUGCGUUUACAGAAAAGCCAGCCACCCAGCAGGUCUGCAAUCUCCGAGCAUGUGCUAAAUGGAACACGGGGCAAUGGACAACAUGCUCAACAGAAUGUGGAGAAGGAAUACAGAAACGAACAGUGACUUGUAGAACAGACACUGGUGCCAUUGUCCAGGACACGGCUUGUAUGCAUCAACUCAAACCAUCAGACAGCCAGCUGUGCAAUGGCGAAAACUGUGUUCAGGAAAUUGGCUGGCACAUUGGAGAGUGGGGCUUGUGUUCUAAAAGCUGCAAUAAUGGCAUAAGGAAACGUCAAGUGGUUUGUGCUGACAAUGACCGAAACUUUUAUGAACCAGAGACUUGUGAAUCCUAUGAGCCUGAAAAACCAUCUGUUAUUGAGAGCUGUAAUAUGCAGCCUUGUUAUCUCCCACAACAGGUUCCCAGUAUGCAAGAUACCUGGGGAUAUGAUAACUCUGAUCAAUUUGUAUUAACGAGAUUCAAGCAGGACUAUCCAACCCGUUCUCCAGAAACAGAUGACAAUUUUCUUCCCACCAAUGAUUGCAGGAGAACAAGAUAUAGCUGCUGCCCGGAUGGGGUUACACCUGCCAAGGGUUAUAAAAAUGAAGGAUGUCCCAGUGACAGGAACCCGAGAGCUGACCCUCAACAAACACCCUCUGAUGAAUGUAGAACCUCCCAAUAUGGAUGCUGCUUUAACAACAUCAACAAAGCUUCUGGUCCUGUGGGUGAAGGAUGUCACAGUAAACCCAGUUAUUCGUAUGCAACAAUGUGUCUCCUACCAAGUGCUCUGGGCCCUUGCAGUGACUGGACUACUCGCUGGUACUUUGUCCCUGAUGUUGGCAAAUGCAAUCGUUUUUGGUACGGGGGCUGCCAUGGCAAUAAAAACAAUUUUGGCACUGAAGAGGAAUGCAUGAACGCUUGCCAAAAAAUCCCAGGAAGGACAACUGGUACAAUAGAAUAUCGAUACCGUAAGAGGGGAAUGAAGUGGGAUCGUUUAUCGCAUGAAAACCCAGGAGUUGAUGAAACUGUAGAUUUGGGUCAUGUGCCAGGAGGGCAACAUCGAGGAAUUGUUAAAACGCUUGACGGAGACAUAGAAGGCCGUAUUCUUGCUGGGCAUGAUUGGGAUGAGAGCAAUAUAGAUCACAAAAUAUCUGCUCCAUCCCCAGAUCAAAGCCAAUAUGCACCCAAAGCAGAAGACUCAUCUCACCACUCUUCCCUUUACAGAAUGAUCUUGAACAAGGCAGAAUUUUCAUCUAUGGAGUCAUUGAUUGGACAGACUGUCCGCCUGCUGUGCAGAGUGAGUGAUUACCCUUUCCCCAGGGUGGAAUGGCAGAAAGAUGGAAGUCCUGUGUCUUCAACCAGGCACACCUACCAAUCAGACAGUUCUCUUGUGAUCAGCAAUGUCCAAGCUGAAGAUGCCGGAACUUACACCUGUAUGGUUUCAAAUGGCAACCGUAGAGAAACACACACAGUACGGCUUCAAGUGAAGGGAACUGAGCUGCACAAGGGGCGGAGAACACAUGACACUGCCAGAGGAAAUAAUGAAGAUGUUCGAGGAGAAGACUCUUCUACUGCUCAGGUGUUACGAGAAAAUGUGCACAGUACUCAUACUGUGCACUCUGGAAGAAGAGCAUCUGUGACUGGUCCCAUUGAGGUGGAAGCAAAUCUUGGUCAUCGGGCACGAUUAUCUUGUCAUUUGCACAUAUCUCCCAAUACCAUGGUAGAAUGGCAAAAAGAUGGAUUACCCUUGCCUUCCCCAAGAUACAGAAAACAAGCAGAUGGUUCACUCGUGAUCAGUCGUGUAAGUUCAGAAGAUGCUGGAUCUUACACAUGUGCCACUACCAAUGGACAUCGCAAAGAAUUUAAACAAAUCCAAUUAAAAAUCAGAGGAGAACUGACAAUUACUGAGCCACCCAGUGGUGUCACUGUGUUAGAAGGUGAACAGGCUUCGCUGAAAUGUAUCGUGAAAGGUGACAAUGUCAAUGUUCAGUGGUCAAGGAAUGGUGUGCCAGUGCAGUCAGAUGGCCGUCACACAUACAUGUCUCAUGAUGGCAGCUUGAUCAUAAGGAACACCAAGACUGCAGAUGAGGGCUCAUAUACAUGCAAUGCAUACAGUGGCAGUCAUUCGGUCAGUGCCAGUGCAGAAAUCAAAGUUAAUAGGCAUAAACCGAUGGUAUCUUCAGUUCAAACGGCAGACUCAAACGCAGAGUGUGUUGACAACCCCGAGCUCGCCAAUUGUGACCUAAUUGUCUAUGCGCAACUUUGUAACAAUGAGUACUACAGCAGCUUCUGUUGCGCCAGUUGCUCUAAACAUGGCUCAGGACACAGCCAAAGACACAACGGCUGAGAGACCUUUCCGAAAGAUCAGUUUAUAACUAUGACUAGGCUUAAGUGACCUUAAUCCUCUUUUACCUGUGAUUGGGCUCAAUAAAAACAAAAUAAAAAUGGUGAUUUUGGAUCCUUUUGCAGACAAUGUUAUAACAAGCAGCAUACAAAUGUAAAGGGCAUAUGUAUCAAGUUUCCCAAAUUAGUAUUGUAUUAAACAAUUGAUAUUAUCUGGUCAUGAUAACACCAAAAAGAUUCAGAGGUUAUCCAAAAGCUCCGUUUAUGUAAGGUAGUAAGAUGGAGAACAAAAUUGUUAACUUUACACCUUUUGAUACAUAAUCCCUAAGUGUACAGAUUCUUAAAGCAUGUAUGUUGUUUUAUAACAGAUUUAAAUUACGAAGCACUAGAGUGAGUAUGUACUUA